AUGGAUCCUCCCGAAACACCAGCUCCUGUGUUUGCUCUUCGCGCCUUUAAAAGUGCCCUAUUCGGCACUCCAGGAGCGGAAGAGGAGGAGGUUAGCGACCAGAAGUCAGACGACAAACCAGCGAGUCGACAGCCGAGCAAAAGUGAUCUCCUGAACCCCCCAGUUGCUUAUCGCGCGACAAAUGUCACCAAGACUGAAAAGACGGACCUCGAUAUGGCAGUAAAUGCGAUUGCGUCGCCGACCAAAAGCAUAUUGGUUACACCGGGUACUGCUGCAAAUCGGCGGAAGACAGUCUCGUUUGGUGAUGGUGUCGUUGACAACGAAAGAAAGCGAAACGAUGUGUCCGCGCAAUCGUCUAAAACGCCGACGAAUCUAUCAGGCAAUCUAAGCAGCCAGUGGCUGUCGAGCUCUACAGACAGCAAGGGCAAGCCGCGAAGCAGGCUUACACAAGCGUUACUGGACUCUCGAGAAAAGUCUCCCAAUGACUCUACUACGACGACUAACAGCCAACGAGCUGAUCCUUAUCCUGCCACAAACACCGCAUCCAAGGAGGCAUCGCAGUCGACCAAGGAAGAUGACGAGACUAUCAAUCUAGAUGACCCACGUUCUCAGUCUGGCAAAUACUGGAAAGCUGAGUUUGACAGCUACCGUGCAAGAACGACGAACGAAAUCAGAAAGCUGAUUCAGUAUCGGUCCGCUGCCAAGAAAUUCGCUCUGAUGAAGGAAGCAGAAGCUUCGCGUCUGGCUAAAAAACUGAAGGAGGAAGAAGUGAAGGUCGCCGAAAUGGAACGACACGUCACACAGCUCGCGUCUUCCAUGGUGGCGGAAAAAGCAAAGGCAGAUAGAGAGCAACUGGUUCAAGAUUUGACUAAACAGACAGCUUUGGCCCUGCAGUAUAAGCAUCGAGUCAACACCUUACGCAAGCUCCUAGAGCAGCAUGGUGUUGUUGGUAGUGAGGUGGAUGACAUCGUGGGAAAACGAGAAGCGAAUAACUCGUCCAACGAUACAAGCCAGGAGCUGGUUAAAACCCAGCAGGCUCUGAGUCAGGCGAAUGCCAGGAUUGAGGAGAUGAAACUCCAGCAAGCCGAGUUCGACAAACUCAAGGAACUCGCACAAAGCUCAGAGCAGAAGGCUUCGGAGCUGGCUCGAGAAAAUCUCACAUUGAAGCAGUCCUUGGCGAGAGUCAAACAAGAGAUGAGCAAAUAUGAAGGGCGACGCAAAGAGAAGGAAGCGAAGCUCAAGCAACGAGAGAUCAAACUUGAAGCCCGGAUUCAGGAGUAUCGCAACCGUCUGAAGACGGCUUCACAGGAACAUCGCGAAAUGGAAGAAGACCUCAGAGAGUCGUUCAAUCAAGAACGACGUCGCAUGCAGGACCAGAUUGACCUUCUCCAAUUGAAGCUAGCGGCGUUCGAGCGUGUUCCCGACCAUAAGAUCCGCAACCGCCACGCAUACAGUCCGCAGAAGGACUACACCGGGGUCCAAGUGUAUGAUUUUGGGCGCAUCCUCGCUCAGCACAACGAGACGGAAGAGUCGCAGGAGAUCGACGAACCGACGAGUCCCAGCCCACGCUCAAAAGACCGACGCUCGCAUAAUCUACACAACCCCACCGCUGAUAUCGAUUUACAGAAAGCUGCUCAAGCCCUGAAUAUGGAGGGAGCCAAUACCCAACAACUGCCAUUCACAGACUCGCCUCUUAAAGUUCCUGGCCGUCGUUCGCGCAGAGCGACGGUCACUGCUGCUGACCCAGUUCCACCCUCUUCGCCCCCUGAGCUAGCACCUAUAGACCUAUCUGCCGAGAUACUUGCGAAAAAGUCGAAGUACAACCACCAUGACUACCAAACGCACCUGCCAACGCUCACUACCCUCGAUUCCCUUGCGCGCCACCUAGCCGAGCGCGAGGAGGGCCAACAAUAUCGUACCCAUCGUCAGAAAGCGCGCCGUAUGCCGUCAAAGUACAGCUUGGAUGCCAUAUCCGGCUUGGCGGACCUGCGUCUCACCGAACGAACGGGAAAGAGACACAGCCUGGCAGCCUUACAGCGAGACUCUAUACCGGUGGAACGGAUGCUGGCUGCGCAAGCACGACUCAAACGAAAGGACCAGUCCCGCAAGAGCAAAGAAGGCGGCAAGGAACUCGUGAAGACAUACAAUACAUGA